GGGGCGCCAAAAAAGUGCGUCAUAGAAACGCAGCGCGACGCCUUCACCCUGUGUGAAUUAAAUCGGAGCUGGCAAUGCCUGGAUUUGAUUUUCCAGCUAUUUUUAUUGUUUAAUCUGUGAAUGGCGCCUAAACAGGACCCUAAACCUAAAUUUCAAGAAGGUGAACGAGUGCUGUGCUUUCAUGGGCCAUUGCUAUACGAAGCUAAGUGUGUGAAAAUCAAUAUCAAGGACAAACAAGUGAAAUACUUUAUUCAUUACAGUGGAUGGAAUAAAAAUUGGGACGAAUGGGUUCCUGAAAGCCGUGUGCUCAAAUAUGUGGACAGUAACCUGCAAAAACAGAAAGAGCUUCAGAAGGCAAACCAAGACCAUUAUGUUGAGGGAAGGAUGAGGGGUGUCGCACCGAGCAAGAAAAUCGCUGCUGUGCAGCAAAAAAAUGUAGAUGUAAAAACAAAGAAGAACAAGCAAAAGACGCCAGGGUCUGGAGAGGGCACUAGCACUGGGGACAUGCCUCACCCCCCACGCAAGAAGAGGGCACGUGUUGACCCAACUGUGGAGAGUGAGGAGACUUUCAUUAACAGAGUAGAAGUAAAGGUAAAAAUUCCUGAGGAGUUAAAACCGUGGCUGGUAGAUGACUGGGACCUGAUCACUAGACAGAAGCAGGUAACUACAAAUGUCAUCCCAAAGUCCUCCUUCAGUGCUCUUCAAUCAUUCAGGUGCAUUGCAUAAUGAUAUUGGUGCAGU